CUAAAAUCCUAAAAACUUCUUUCUAUCAAAUUCUUCCGCAUGAUUUACCGGUAUCUCCUAAGAGUAAAUUCUGAUCUUCUUCCUCAGACCUCACGCCUCAUUUCUGUACUCACUCCGUCACUCCUUCAUAUAAUCUGCUUGAUACAUCUGCAGCGGUGCCGCCUGUUCAGCUGUUCUUCCUCACGCGGUCACGCCAGAUCUUCUAUCUUUCAUCUGCCUCACCUUCCUCUUCCUCACAUCCUCACGCGGGUUGAAAUUCUAGGCCGGCUUCGGUCUCAUAGAGAUGCAGAUGCUCUAAUUAUAGGCUCCUAUAAAACGUCCAAAUAAAGAGAAGAAAUCAAAUUAAAUUGGACAAGAAAAAAAUGAUAAAGGCAGUUAUAGUGCUGAAUACACAGGGGAAACCUCGACUCACUAAGUUCUACGAUUUCCAGCCUCCAGAGAAGCAACAGGAGCUAAUUCGCACCAUCUAUUCAGUAUUGUGCAAUAGGCCUGAAAAUGUCAGUAACUUUGUGGAUUUCGAUUCCAUUUUUGGUCCGGAUUCUCGACUUGUGUAUAAGCACUAUGCUACCCUCUACUUUGUGUUUGUGUAUGACAGUGCUGAAAAUGAGUUAGCAAUGCUUGAUUUGAUACAAGUUUUUGUAGAAACUUUGGACAAAUGCUUCAAGAAUGUCUGUGAGCUUGACAUAGUUUUCAAUUAUGGAAAGCUUCAUACUAUUCUAGAUGAGAUCAUUUUUGGAGGCCAAGUGUUAGAAACAAACUCUGCAGAAGUUAUAAGGGCUGUUGAAGAAAUUUCAAAGUCGGAAACAGCUCCUGCCACCAUCAGUCGAGUACCAAAAUCGGUUUCUGGCUGGCGAAGGUGAUUGAGUAAAUGUUUCUCCUGUUUUUGAUUGCGUCAUGUCUAGUGACAUGUCUCUUAGCAGAGCAGGAAGUAGUGUACAUCGACGCCUAAUAUGCUGAAGAACUUGGGUAGAAUUUCAUAUGCUUUAGCUUAGAUCCAAUUAUGUAGAGAUGUGCUUUAAGCAUGAUAAUAAUGUACAUGUUUCUCUAGUAAUGACUAUUGGACAUUGGAUGACGAUCAAGAAUAUUCAUAAAUUUCUUAAAACUGAUAUGGGUAAGUUCUUUGUUGUAGAGAUGUGUUUAGUUAUGUGUAAA